CGUUAUUGAGGUUUUUGGCUAUUCGGGUUGACUAUUCUGAAGUUCUUGCCCGAGGUCUGGCUUCUUUCCAUCCGCCCUAAGGCUCUCGUAUCCCUCCUGCAAGAUUGAAAUCACUGCGCUUUUGGAAUUUGGGAGUUUCGACUCUGGACGCGCGUUUGUCACCUUUAGUACAGCUCCUUUCUCUGUCCUUUUGGUCUCCUACAAGGUUGUAAUUGUAUUGUCUUGAAGAUGUUAAUUAAUUUCCCCGCUGGUCCCCGCUUCGUGGAGAGACUGAGUUACCGAACUCCAAACUGCUCACUAAGGUGCUUUUGAUCCGCAGUUAAAAGGACUACCCAUAACAUUUUGGGAGCGCCGAUUCCUCCAGAGCUACACCGCCGUGCAGCGUAAAGGACGCAGCUUUUAAGAAGGCGCAAGAGGUCCCAUCUGUUUGAAUUGCAACCCGUAAUAUAGUUGGGUUUUUUUUUGGUCGGCAUUUAAGUGUUCAGGACAGGAUGCUGCCCCUCUCCAGAACCCAACUUGCACUGUUUUUCAUUCUUUUGUGUCCAGUUAACAUCAUCGGACUUUGGUGGGCAGUGGGCAGCCCUCUGGUAAUGGACCCCAACAGCAUCUGCAGGAAGACGAAACGCUUGGCUGGGAAACAGGCUGAACUGUGCCAGACUGAACCAGAGAUAGUCAGUGAGGUGGUGAAGGGGGCAAAGCUGGGGGUUCGGGAGUGCCAGUUCCAGUUUAGAUUUAGAAGAUGGAACUGCACCGGACACAACAAAUACUUUGGAAAAGUACUACAGCAAGAUAUCCGGGAGACUGCUUUUGUCUAUGCAAUUACUUCUGCUGGAGUGACACACACAGUGACGCAAGCAUGCAGUAUGGGGGAACUUUUACAGUGUGGCUGUGAGGCAACACGGAGUCGGGCUCCUCCUCUCCCUACAGCCAGACCUGGGACUGAUGGUUCGAAAUGGGAGUGGGGAGGCUGUGGGGAUGAUGUGGAAUUUGGGUAUGAAAAAUCCAAGCAAUUCAUGGAUGCAAAAAGGAAAAAGGGAAAAAGUGACAUCAGAACCUUGAUUGAUCUUCACAAUAAUGAAGCCGGCCGACUGGCUGUGAAGAAUUAUAUGAGAACUGAAUGUAAAUGUCACGGGCUGUCUGGUUCUUGCACACUCAGAACUUGCUGGAAAAAGAUGCCUCAUUUUCGCGAGGUGGGUGAUCGCCUCCUGGAAAGAUUUAAUGGAGCUUCCCAGGUGAUGGGAGGCAAUGAUGGCAAAACCCUCAUCCCCGUGGGGCAAAAUAUUAAACCACCAGAUAAGCAAGAUCUCAUCUAUUCAGCAGAAUCUCCUGACUUUUGUUUGCCGAACAGAAAGACUGGUUCCCUGGGGACCAGGGGGAGGAUGUGUAACAGCACAGCCAUGGACAUCAGCGGAUGUGACUUGCUUUGCUGUGAUCGGGGCUACAGGGAUGAGACUGUGGUCUUUGAAGAGAACUGCUUGUGCAGAUUUCAUUGGUGCUGCGUUGUGCAGUGCAAAAAAUGUUCUGUCAGAAAGGAAUUGAGCUUGUGCUUAUAAUACUCUGACUAGAAUUACGGUGAUUAAAAGAAUGGAGCUUUCAGACUCCAAUAGGAAAGACUUUUUAAAACCACUCUUAAAAAACAAGAAAAUAAAAACAAAAAAGGACCCCUUUAUAAAGUUAUGGGGCAGGGAAGCUGCUUAUGUGCUAUAUAUUAGGUAAUACUGAAAAAUGUACUUACCUUUCAAGGGACC